AUGAGCGUUACUUUCGAAGUCUUCCGCGGCUCCAAGGAGGGCAAGAUCGUGGCCGACAAGACCACUCGCACCAUUCAAUCUAAUGAAGUUUAUAUUGAGACAUCUCACUCCGGCCUGUGUGGCACAGAUGAGCACUACCUCCACUCUGGACAGGUUCUAGGCCACGAGGGUGUGGGUGUUAUCCGUCAGAUCGGCGGCGACGUCACAAACGUGAAGGUUGGAGAGCGUGUGGGAUUCGGUUACACCCACUACGUCUGUGGUACCUGUGAAAAGUGCCUUACUGGCUGGGAUCAAUAUUGCGAGAACAAGAAGGAAUAUGGUACCUCUGACCAUGAUCUUGGUUCGUUCGGACAGGGCGUUGUUUGGGAUUCCAAAUGUGUGAUUCCCAUUCCUGAUGGAUAUAAGUCUUCUGAUGCCGCCCCACUUAUGUGCGCUGGAGGUACCGUUUGGACUGUUCUGUCAGAGUAUGGUGUCAAGUCAACGGACCGUGUUGGAGUGAUGGGUAUUGGAGGUUUGGGCCAUCUCGCCAUCAAGCUUGCGGCCGCCAUGGGCUGCCACGUGGUCGUUUUCUCCAGUUCCGAGGCCAAGCGCGAGGAGGCUUUCAGCUUUGGAGCCUCCGAGUAUCACGUCUUCAAGGCUGGCGAGGAGAUCCCCAACCUCAAGCCGGUGAACCACCUCCUUCUCUGUGGUAGUGCCAGCGUUGAUUACGCCUCCCUUAUUCCCCUGAUGGAUAUUCACGGAUCAAUCUACCCUCUCACUGUGGACCUUGCCCCCUCGCCCGUGCCUCUGUUGUUCCUGAACCUCAAGGGUGUCCGCAUCCAGGGCUCGUUGGUUGCUUCCCGUCACAGUCUUCGUUCCUUGGUUCAGUUCGCAGCCAAGAAGAACAUCACACCGACUACUAUGGAGUUCCCUUUGACAGCUGAUGGUGUUGAGGAGGCCAUGGAGACCCUCCGCAAUGGAAAGAUGAGAUACCGCGGUGUCCUGGUUCGCCAGUGA